UGACCGUUCCCGGAAGAAAAUGAAAUUCCUAACGGUUGGAAUAUUUGCGGGAAUUAUUUUCCCGCCUGAACGGGCGAGGUUCUCUUCGUAUUGUUGUCGGGGAUGAUCCCUUGAUACCUAUUUCCCCAUCCGACUUAUAUCGGUUGGCCCGUUCUAGCUUCGAGUGCUCGUCGCAAGUGUACAAUUCGACUGGUUGAACAUCCUGACCGGAUUGUUUGUACCAGUUAACUUAAUUAGAGGAUGCACAGAUGGGAGAAGACUCAAGAGUUUCUUUUGGGGAACGCUUUGUUUCGCAUUCCCAGAUGUAUUCCUUCUCAGGUUUCUUACUUUCACUCUUCAGGGUUUUCAGAUGAACGAGCGCUUCUUCAUGCUCUUGAAUCAUCCAAAGCCUCCUUUGAUCUCAGAACUGCCACCAAAACCCAUGCGAAAAUCCUCCAAUGUGGGUACGGGACCCACCCAACUCUUCUGGCCUCCCUGUUAUCAACAUACAUCCGCUGUCAUCACCUCCAUCUAGCCCACCAGCUUCUCCAUGAGAUCUCAACUCGAUCUCAGCCUAGCACUUUGGUGACCUUCAACUUAAUUAUCAGAACUUUAACAACAGCUGGAGAAUGUGAUAUUGCGGAGAAGGUCUUCUGUGGCAUGACAGUUCGAGAUGCCGUGUCGUGGAACUCCAUGAUUAGCUGUCUUGUGAAGGAUGGCCGAUAUGACGUUGCGAUUGUCUAUUUCAAGAAGAUGUUGGACUCGAAUAUUGAGCCCGAUGAGUAUACUUUUGCAUCUGUUAUCUCCACCUGUGCACACCUUGGUAUGGUCAGUCAUUCUCUAUGGGUUCAUAGACUGAUGACUGAGAGAAAGAUCGAAUUAAAUUCCAUAUUGAGCGGGGCAGUCAUCAACAUGUACUCCAAAUGUGGCAGAAUCCACACUGCACGAGAAAUAUUCAAGAGUUCUCCCAAGAGUGAUGUGUCUGUUUGGAAUGCGAUAAUCAAUGGGCUCUCAGCUCAUGGGCUCGCUUCGGAUGCUCUUGAGGUUUUCUCAGACAUGGAGUCAGAGAAUAUUUUACCUGAUUCAAUAACCUUUGUGGGGUUAUUAACGGCGUGUAGCCACUGUGGUUUGGUUGAAGAGGGUAGGAGGUACUUUAACUUGAUGAGGAAUCGCUACUUGAUUUAUCCGCAACUCGUGCACUACGGAGCAAUGGUCGAUUUAUUUGGCAGGGCUGGGCUGCUUAACGAGGCUCUUGAGAUUAUAAAGGGAAUGCCAAUGGAGCCCGAUGUCGUGAUAUGGAGGGCCCUUCUCAGCGCUUGCAGGUUCCAUAAAAGGCCUGAUCUCGGUGAAGUUGCUCUUGCUAAUAUUUCGAAUAUCAACAGUGGGGAUCUUGUCCUGAUGUCGAAUACUUACUGCUCUUUGAAAAGAUGGGAUAAAGCGGAGAUAGUAAGAGACUCGAUGAGAAGGAAAGGUAUUCAUAAGAGCCGAGGGAAAAGUUGGGUCGAAGUAAGAGGUUCCAUUCACCAUUUCAAAUCAGGUGACACGUCUCACCCUGAAGCGAAAGCAAUACAGAGACUGUUGGACGGGCUAAUGAAUAGUGCUAAGUUGUUGGGAUAUGUCUCUUCAGCAGAGAUGGUUCUGAUGGACGUCUCCGAGGAAGAAAAGGAAGGAAAUUUGGUGUGGCACAGUGAGAAACUGGCGCUAGCCUACGUGCUACUGAAAACCACCCCGGGAACAGAAGUUACAAUUUUCAAGAACCUCCGGAUCUGCUGCGACUGCCAUGAGUGGAUGAAGUUGGUUUCGAGGAUGCUGAGGAGGGUUGUACUCGUGAGAGAUCGGAUUCGGUUUCACAGGUUCGAGGGGGGCCAUUGUUCCUGUGGUGAUUAUUGGUAGUAGGAGCACGCCUUCUUUUAAGUAAGCUGAUCCAAGAAAUGGCAUGAAACAAAUCGUUUUGACAAGUGACCAGAUUUGAUAACAUAAGUGAACCUCAGAAAUGAACCACAAUAAAGGAAAAACAGGAUCAUGCUGCAGAACCACAAUAAAGGAAAAACAGGAUCAUGCUGCAAACACAUGGACAUGCUGACACUCUAACAUGGUUUCCGUAUCAGUUCCAACUAGACGGAGGGCUUUCGAAUAGUUCUAAUAACAGUGUGUGCCACAGCACAGGAGAAGACAACACCCACCUUGGCAGCCCGUCUAGCGAGCUUCAUCCGGAAUGCCAGGCACCAUAUCGAAUUCUAUGCUUCUCAGGGAUCUGGUGGGUGCUACCGAGAGGUUGAUGUGUUCAGGAUUGCCCGGAUGUUCAAUUUCAGCCCAUUGUGAUGGGCCAUGAGCUCUUUUUCAGCUCACCAUCUGCGAGGACAUCAUGGCCGUCAAUUGGGUCACCGAUGGCUUCUCUGGCCCCCUCGCCCUGCCCUGGGGUUCUGCCCUCAAGGUCAGCUUCCUCAAAUUGAAGGAGGAUCUUGGGGACGCCGUCAAGGAUGAGGUCCUGGGCGUGAUCCGGGGGAUCAAGGAUGGCCCGACCGCGGUUGAGUAGCUCACCUGUGGGGAGAACUUCUCCCCUGCCAGGGCCAAGGGUUUCUCCGUCACGUCCCUUGCUGUGUUCAAGGGAGCCGCAGAGAUGGAGGCAGCGGAGUCGAACAAGGAGCUUGUGGAAUCCUGCAAGGAGAAGGUCCGGGAGUACCUGGACGGGGUCAUUGUGAUCGAUUUUGUGGUCCCUGGGUCUUCCAGCAACCUUUGAUUCGGCUCCUUGAUCAUCAGCUAAGCUUCUUGAAAGUGUAUGAUUUUAGGGACAGCCUUUGAGCAAUUGAAUGAUGAAUGAUUUAAUCCGAUGGAUGAAGAUUUUCAGUCCUCAA